GAGCGAGAGGCCGGUGAGCAGAACAAUCACGUCCAAGUCUCACUCACAUUAGUGUGUGUGUGUGUGUGUGUGUGGAUCGUGUCACACACACACACAAGGACUCACGACUGUGUGUGUUGCCGAGCAACCUUCCUCCAGCAGUGAGGCCUUUUUCCUGCGCUCCUCCUCAGCGCUACCUGCUGGCCACGAUGGAGUCUGGGGCUGUGCACGGCGAGACGGAGGCGCUGCGGCAGUUCUUCCGCGGUCGCGACCUUCUGGACAGUCCGGUUGCCUUGGACACCAGCAUCCUGGAGCGGUACCUCAGCAGCGACUUCAACGCUUUCGCGCUUCCCAACUCGCCUCCGGACUCGGACGUCUGCUCACCGGAGCGGAUCCCAGAUUUCCAAAGGGAGCUUUCCUAUUGGUCGGAGCCGCCCGUCCGCGCCGAGGUCCCGCCGAUGCGGCCGGCCGAGCCCCCUGCGCCCCACUCGUGCUUCGGCCUGGGCCGGAUGCCUUCGGGGCCGCCGGCCUCCGCCGCGCAAAACUGCUUACCCGACCGAAACAAAAGGAAAAGAAGCGAGUCGCACGGCUCGUCGCCAGGACCCGAGCGACUCGCGCUCGGGGGCGACGCCCUUUACGGGGGCCGCCUGAGCUGGGAGACCUUCCGUUCGGCCGACUGGAACGCCGUCUUGGACUCCGACUCGCACGUCAUGCAUCCUCCGUUCUUGGCGGUGUCCGCGGACAAGGGCUUCAACUUCUCGCCGGCCGACGAGGCUUUCGUGUGUCAGAAGAAGAACCAUUUCCAGGUGACGGUUCAAGUGGGCGUGGCCGCGGAGCCCUCCUACGUGAGAACGCCGCGUGGCGCGCGCCAGCUGGACCACUUUGACAUCAACGUCUUCGGGGUCAAGAUGGAAUCUCCCGAGCAUCGCGUGCCCAUGGAGCAGUCUCAACCUGACCGCACCAAGAGGCCUUUGCGGCCCGUCAGGGUCAGCGUGGUGAGCGGUGCCGUGAGCAAAGUCACGCUAGGACGCCUUCACUUCGGCGAGACCACCGCCAACAACAUGAGAAAGAGGGGACGGCCCAAUCCCGACCAGAGAUAUUUCCAGAUGGUGGUGGGGUUGUACGCCGCCGUCAAGGACCAAGACGACGACGACAACGAGGAGUCGUCGUCCUUCCUCCUGGCCGCCCUCGUGUCCGAGAGGCUCAUCGUCCGGGCUUCCAACCCGGGCCAGUUCGAGAUGGACGGCGACAGCCUUUGGCAGCGCGGGGCGGCGCCGGACGCCGUGGCGUGUCACGGUCGGGUGGGCAUCAACACGGACGCCCCCGACGAGGCGCUGGUGGUGUGCGGCAACGCCACCGUCAUGGGCCGCGUCAUGCAGCCGUCCGACCGGCGCGCCAAGCGCAACAUCCGAGAGACGGACGCCGAGGAGCAACUCAGGAGGAUCACGCAGAUGCGCCUGGUGGAGUUUGACUACAAGCCCGAGUUUGCCUCCGAGAUGGGCAUCGAACACACGCACCGGACAGGCGUGCUGGCUCAAGAGGUGAAGGAGCUCCUCCCUUCGGCCGUCAAGGCGGUCGGCGACAUCACGUGCCGCGACGGCCGCAAGAUCGACAACUUCCUGGUGGUGGACAAGGACCAGAUCUUCAUGGAGAACGUGGGGGCGGUGCAGCAGCUCUCCAAGAUGGCCGACAGCCUGGAGACGCGCGUGAGCGAGUUGGAGCUUUGGAAGCGCCGGCUGGCCAAGUUGAAGAGCCUGACGGGAAGUCUGCGCUCCAGCGGGUACUUGCUGCCGCCCCGCCUUCUCUUCCUCGUUGCCCUUUCAAAUCCUGAAAGCUCUCCACCUUCUCCCGACAGGACGUCGAGGAAGCCCAGCGCCGCGUCGGCGCACAGUUUGGAGGCCCGCGCCAAAGCCGGCCCAGCCGACGGCGGCGGCCGCGCGCCGCGGAAAAUGCUCCGGGCCGGCGCGCUGACGCUGUGCCUCGCCGUGGCCGCCUGCAUCCUCAUCAUGGGCGCCCUGUACCUGCUCAACUCAACGCAAGGCGACGUGGACUCGUCCUCCGGUGUCGGCAACAGCAGCGUGCUUCCGGCGCCGACGGCGGCCGGCGGCAGCUCAGCGCCGCCGAUCGUGCCCCCGGGGCCGUGGCCCCCCGACGUGCACUUCUGCGAUUUGCUGUACUGCGACACCGCGUACUGCUGCCCCUCGCCAACGGGGAGCGGGCGCCGCCUCCAGGCCGGCCCAUCGCCGGCCGGCGACGGAGCGGGUGAGCGCCGGCCGCGGUCCGACGGCGCCCGGGCGCGUGAUGGCACAGCCAUCAUCUCGCUUUGCUCGUUUGCAGCGCAAACCCCGGACGACUUGCUCCAGAGGAUUCAAAGCUCCGCGGACUGGACCAACACGAGCAUCCGGUCCUUCAUGAUCAAAGAGAACCAGCAGGUGAUCGACAGCCGCUACUGCGUGCGAGACGAGUGCGGACCCGACAGGUUCGUCUUCCAAGUGCCCGUCAGCCCCUUUGUGCCCGUCAACAUGAGAGUGACCCUCCUCAUGAAUUCCACCGAGCUCCUGGUGGUGCACUUGUGCGCCUCCCACGAGUCGUCCACCUGCGCCGCCCUGCUGGACAGAGAGCUGAUUAGCACCAGUCGCUAUCCGCCCAACACGCAGGGGGAACACGAAUGGCCGCUGCACGUGGCUCGCCUUUACCACGGCUCGUACCACUUUCGAUCCACAGUGGCCGGCCAAGCCGACUGCAGUACCAACCAUAACUUCGCGGGGGCGCUGUUCACAGACUACCAUUUCUACUUUUACCGCCGCUGCAGCAAAUGACGCCGUUUUUUUUUUUUUUA